AAGUGACAGCUCAACUACGUCAGACACGACUCUAUCCCGCAAUAGCCUCGCAAUGGCGCAUUCCGCCACAGAGAAAGAGCUAUGCGAUUCACGGACUGCUGAUAAUCUCUGCCGAAGUAUUGAUCGCUGCACAAAUGAUAUCCGCUGCUCAAGUGGCCCAGAUGGUGGCAAGUCAAUUCACACCACACCAUCGGCACCAGUAUAUAAAAACAGGCAGUUGAGCACAUCGCCCACAACCGCCCACGAUACCAAUAGACAAGACACAAGCACCAUGGACUCACCCACGCACAUAGCACCAAGAGUCACAGCCUUCCCCCGCCGAUUAAGAAGCCGCACAAACCCAUCUUCAUACCGUCCCCCUCUACACAUAUCACCAACCUCGGACUCCCGCGCCUGUCCAGCCAAUGUAUUCGGUGGGGUACAUUCGCCCAAGGCCCACCCUGACAUACACGCCUACUCUCCCAUCAGUGUGGGGUCGUCGAGGCUAUGCAUCACUCCUCGCAGCGAUGAACAUCUGCACAACAAUGUUUCACACACACAACUGUCCACUCGCGCUGACUUGCGAGAGCACGCGUCUUCGAAUCCCCCAUCGCCGGUACCAGGAAACAGCGCCGCUCCUCGCCUAGUCACGUCCGCUACGCUGACCAGAAGCAACACCGUUCAUGACACGCUCAAAAGCAGCGAUUCCCCUGAAUCAAACGUAUACGAACAGUCCCCUGGAUUUGCUGCAAUAGCUCAUGGUGUGCCUGCCGAAGCUCCGCCCAAAAAGUUACCAAUCGAAAGCGACCGUAAUACAGUUGAAACACUGCUGAGCAGGCGUCAAAGUGGGGCCUACUGGCCAACCAAGCGAGAACAGAGUCGCACCCCUUCACCGCACAAGGUGAAUCGUGAUAAUUCUCUGACAUUGCCCAUUGAACCUCUCACAUUGCGUACAGGGCACCCCAUCAGCCACACUCCACCCCACAGAGAACGCGACACGUCAGCGUCCAUGUCAGUCCAAAUAUCGCCGAUGGUGUCGUGCGAUGUUGUGCGCGACGUUCAUGCGAUGUUCCCGCCCGUGAGACGCGCCAUGUCAAUUGGCACAGCCAUGGGCCAUGGGCGCAACAGCAGCCGCGAGAGCAUUGGUGUCAGCUGUGAGCCUUCCACUAAUAUCGGGUUGCCGUCGCUCGCUGGGCAGGUGCAUGCGAGAGGCGCUCUCUCAGCACGGCCCGUCGACCCCAACAGAUUCUUCAUCCGCACCAACUCCCUCCCCGAUGCGCAAAUCAUCACUGCCCCAAUAAUAGCCCAAUCGCGCAGUGCGGAGCCCAGCAUGGCAGACCUAUUGCAGAGAUGGAGCGGAAGACCUCCCAACGAUAGUUCUCGGGACACCGUCGACAGUGUGAUUAGAUCUCACGCACAGUCGAUCCGUGCGGAUGCUAUGACCUUCGACGCAACUGAAAAUCAUUCGGGAAAUGAUGAAGUAAGUCAAUUAGAGAAUGAGGCCUAG